AUGGCGACAGCGGCGGUGUCAGCCCCGGUCGGUGGCCCCAACCCCGGCCCGGGCACCGAGUUGGUGCGCGGGCAGGCGUUCGACGUUGGGCCUCGCUACAGCAACCUUUCGUACAUCGGUGAAGGAGCCUACGGGAUGGUGUGCUCGGCGUACGACCGUGACAACAAACUCCGCGUGGCCAUCAAGAAGAUCAGCCCUUUCGAGCACCAGACGUACUGCCAGCGCACGCUGCGCGAGAUCAAGAUCCUGCUGCGCUUCAAGCAUGAGAACAUCAUCGGAAUCAACGACAUCAUACGCACGCCCACCAUUGACCAGAUGAAAGACGUUUAUAUCGUUCAGGAUCUGAUGGAAACCGACCUGUACAAGCUGCUGAAAACCCAGCACUUGAGCAACGACCACAUCUGCUACUUCCUCUACCAGAUCUUACGUGGUCUCAAGUACAUUCACUCGGCCAACGUGCUGCACCGCGACCUCAAGCCGUCCAACCUCCUGCUCAACACCACCUGCGAUCUCAAGAUCUGCGACUUUGGCCUGGCCCGCGUGGCCGACCCGGACCACGACCACACCGGCUUCCUAACGGAGUAUGUGGCCACGCGUUGGUAUCGAGCACCAGAGAUCAUGCUCAACUCCAAGGGCUACACCAAGUCCAUAGACAUCUGGUCAGUGGGCUGCAUCCUGGCUGAGAUGUUGUCUAACCGACCCAUAUUUCCCGGGAAACAUUACCUGGAUCAACUCAACCACAUUCUGGGUAUCCUGGGUUCCCCUUCUCAGGAGGACCUAAACUGCAUCAUCAACAUCAAAGCCAGGAAUUAUUUACUGUCUCUGCCGCUGCGCUGCAAAGUACCCUGGAACCGUCUCUUUCCUAACGCUGAUGCCAAAGCAUUGGAUCUGUUGGACAAAAUGCUCACCUUCAACCCCCACAAGAGGAUCGAAGUGGAGGAGGCCCUCGCGCAUCCCUACUUGGAGCAAUAUUACGACCCCACCGAUGAGCCCGUCGCUGAGGCGCCGUUCAAGUUCGACAUGGAGCUAGACGACCUCCCAAAGGAGACGCUGAAAGAGUUGAUCUUUGAGGAGACGGCACGCUUCCAGCCAGGGUUCCGAUCCUAA